CAGAAACCCGCAGUCUUCCCGCUUCAACAUAAUCACCAUGGGCUCUGCGACGAAGCUCAAAGCGUGUCUGGCGUGCACGAACGGAAAACGGAGAUGCGACAAGGCACAGCCUGUUUGCGGGCGCUGUAACGAUCGAGACGUUGAGUGUCGUUAUCCGCCUACGAAGCGGAAGAGGCUGUAUACAUCGGGAGCAGAAACUGGUGGAGAGAGUACGUUCAGUGUUGGUCCGCCAAGUCUGACGCAAAUACCUUUCCCAACGCCGAAUAAUGAGUUGAUAGACCUCAAUCAGUGGGCGGCAAGUCUGGGCAAUUGGGAUGCUCUCCCUACCGCUGAAUUGCCAGAGGACUCACCGGCGACGAGCAGUGCCACAAUCUCAAACCAGAAGGAUCCUGUCGACUUCUUCCUCAGGCCUGAUGCAUGGGCCAUUCGGCACAUCCCUUUCACAACCCCAUCUUUCUUAAACUCGGUUUGCAUGAACUUCAUCCACGGUGUUCAUGAAUUCUUUACCGAGUGGGUUACGGAUUCGCAUAGCCCAUUCAUACACAAUCAGCUCUACGCCGAUGCCGGACUGCCACCGGUCAUGCAGGACGCCUUCACUUGCAUUGUCUUGCAUAACUCCAAAACAUCGGCGAAUGAGACGAUAAUUGAUGAACUAUUGGCGUCGAAAGCAUCAGCAUUACUCAAGACUUAUUGUCACGACGGUGUCGACACGGAAGCGACGCUUGACGUUCGAGAGCACCUUGCUCGGACCCAAGCAUUAUUUGUACAUCUUGUGCUAGCACUCUUCUCGCCUUCCAUCGGAGCGCGAGCCAACGCCGAGCAACAGAUACACACUCUUCUCUCAUGGACUCGUCAUCUCUGGGAAGCAGCGCUGCAAGACCCAGAUAUUGGCUUACCAUGCGACGGUGGUGACAGCUCGACAGCUGUUGCGUCUGCCAACGGCAUCGUUCUGGACUCCAUCUUCGAUGGCGAUCCGCUACCCCGAAAAUGGCGCUCUUGGGUUUUAUCAGAAAGCAUUCGUCGCAUAUGGCUAAUGGCAACUUCAACGAUCGGCGUAUAUCUCACACUUCGACAGAAAUGGGCCGAGUGUCAUGGCGGUAUAUACUUUACGGCACGUCGAGAUCUUUGGGAAGCCAAAUCAGCUUUUACAUGGGCAGCAGCAUGUCGAAACGUAGAUCCACUGUUCAUAUGCAGUCUAGAGUGCGAGGGUCUUUUUCUGAGCGCAAAGGCAUCAGAGGUAGAUCAGAUGUUGAUAAAUAUGUUAACAAUAAUGUGGGGUGUUGAGAGGGUUGAGAACUGGGUUGCUAGGACAAGUGGACCUGGAGAUAGUGUCAAGGUUUGGAAGGGGACGGAUCUUCCUAUGGAGAAGGGAAGGAUUGCACCUUCAUGAGAUUCAAUAUUAUAU